CAUCUACAAACCGCGGGAAUGUCCGCCAUCUUUUGAGGAAAAAACAAACUUAGCAGUUUAAAAUUAGCAAUUAGCCUCUUGUGGUCAUGUUUAAGAGUAGGUCUGCUUGGUUUUCAAGCAGUGUGUCACAGGAAUGUCACACAUUUUGGAUACAACAGGGUGGGACCAUCGCUGGAUGGAGGAGAGCAGAUUAUCUUUUCAGUGAAGACGCUGCAUGUCCAGAUACCUUGAGGAUAUUUGAGAGUAAAUGUUUCCUCCGUGACAAGGUGACAGUUUUUCAUAGCUUGUUUCUAACCACCUGUGAGGGGCGCCAGAGUUUCAAGUCUGUGUGCAUUGGCCAUUACGUGCUGCCUCCAGCCUCGGUCCAGGACGAGGUGAGGCACAUGGUUGGGAGGUUGAUUUGGGAGUCUGAGGACGAGUCGUCGGAAGCAGAGUGCUCCCAGGAUGAGUUCCCUGAAGGAGACAUAAGCAGAAGCAAGUGUGUCAUGCAAUGGUGAACUUUCUGACACGGACUCAUCAGAUGUUGAGGCCUCUCUCUUGCGUCAUUUGCAGGAUUGUCCAGUUAGAAACAUGCAAACAGGUUAUAUCAGCAUGGACGCCCUGCAGAAAUAUUCAGGUGAUCUGUGUGAUUUCCAUCCCAGGUGUUGGCAAUGCUGCACGUCAGCGAACAUGCACUGAGUUCAGAGAGUUCAUGAAGAACGCUGUUCUACUUAAAGCUGUAUAUUGACACUUUUUGUUCAUUAUGCUUAUAUUGCCUCCCUGCCUUCCUAUUGGCAGUGUGUGAACUGAAAUUAAAUAAAUGAUUAUAUAACAUGUCAA